AUGUCAGAAACAAAUUUCUCUUUUGCCUCAUCAAAUUUAUCCGGUGCUAGAAGAAGAGGUGGUAGAUGUUUUUGUGGCCUUGAAUCUCCAUUGAUGACUUCGUGGACUUACGAGAACCCAGGAAGAAGAUUUCAUGGCUGUGGUAAUUACAAGGUGAUGAAGAAAAAAGGUUGCAACUACUUUCAAUGGUACGACGAAGACAUGAGCAACCGAGCAAAAGAUGUGAUUAGAAGUUUGAAAGACAAGAACGACGAACUUGUGGACUUAUUUAGGGACACCAAGAAUAGGGAAGAUUUACUCCAGAUGAAGAUUAAGUUUAUGUCUUAUUUUGUUGGUUUUUGUAUGGUGUUUGUAAUAUUAGGUGUAUUUGUAUUGGUUGCAACAUAUCUCAAUUGUUGGUGUAAACUACAAUCCCAAUUUUAUAUGAUACUAGCUGAUUAUAUUGAGACUGCAGACAAACACAUUCAAAUUUAA